CGCGCGUAUUUUGACAGUCGUUGAGUCAGUUCGUAACAGCCAUCACUAUGAAGCCACUCAUAUAGAUUAGACCACAGUGGACAACAAGACAGACCCAGAUUCGAUGGAGGACAAGAUUUAUAUCCCAGUGAGCGGAGUACAAGUUUCUGAUUUGUUUGAUUGGUCGGAUCCGGUACAGAAGUGUAGACAGAAGACAGUUGUUAUGCAGCGAGGUCUUGCCAGGCAGACCAGUCAGACAGGGUCUGUUGUUGAGUGUAAUGAAGAAAAGAUUGCCCUGUUCAGAUAUCACCGGCAGGUGUAUGCUAUCAGGGAACGGUGCCCACAUGCAGGUGGGCCCCUUCACUUAGGAGACAUUGAAGAUCUCCCAGGAGGAGGCUUGUGUGUUCGAUGUCCUUGGCAUAGCUGGAGGUUUGACCUUGAUACUGGACAAGUCAAGAUGCCUAAAGGAAGAAAAGUGACUGCACAAGUGUUCCCAGUGAAAGUAAAGCCAGAUGGCAGUUUGUUGAUUGGUUUUGAUAAAUUUGCAGAUGUUUAUUUCAGUAUUGAAACAGAGUUUUAAUGCUGCAGGUUGUUGGUGCUGUAUGUGAUUGAUCAUCAUUCAUUUGUUGUAUUCAUUGGAGGCAUUUACCUUAUCAUAUUUUACUCCCUUCUAUGUUUUUUACCAGUUUUCUGGAUAAGUAAGGUGUGAUAAUAUUUCAAGGUGUGUUAACCUUUAGCCUGCUGAAUUAAUUUCAGCAUAAGGCGUUGUAAAAAAGGUGGGUGAAUUCAAACAGUCGGUGAUGUAACAUUUAGAUUGUUUUUGUUUUUGAAUAAUUAAACCGAAAGUUACUAAUUUUUAGAAAAUGGGAAACUUCUGUGUUUUCUCUUCACCAAAGAACAUAAAUAUUGAUCAUAUUAUAAAAAAUAUUUCAUUGUGAAGAAAAUAAUAGACUGGGUACCACUCGACGUGAUGUGCCUGAAGUCAACAAAGGCCGUUAUUUGUGGCUGUGUGCCAAGAAUUUUGGUGAACACAGGUUUAAUUUGCGGGCGUUUCGUUUUAAGAUACAUAAACUAAUUGAAGAUUAUAUAUUUAGAAAGCUGAGAAUUAAUUCAAGUGACAUGUAAAUCCGACUUGUUGAAUAAUUAUUGCAAGUUUUAUUUGGGGAUGUCAGUAUGCUGCUCUCCUGUAGAAUGGGUUUGACAGUAGCAUUGAGAGGAUUAAUGGUCUGCUGUAUUUAAGGAUACCCUUUGACUGUUAUGAACGAAGUUUGAAUAUUUAUUUCUUAAACACGGUUUACCUUUGUUGCUUGCCAUCCUCAGCAAUAUUCCAGGUAUAUAGCAGUGACCUCUAAAUAUUCUGAACUAUCUAGUGAUUCAUAUUAUGAGGAACGACCCAAUCCAGUGGGAUGGAAGUACAUACAAUUGAUGAAAUAAUUGAACCUGACCACCUCAUCCACUUAUAGGUUUUUGAGGAUGUAUUGGAACACUGAAUCCCAUCAGUGGCCCAUUUGGCAUUUAUAUAGCAAUAAUGGGUGUUUAGAAUUAAAUUUGUGUUUGAUAGCGCUUCAAAAUAUCUUUAUGUGUUACAAUGUUCAAAAAUGUAUUCUUAUAAUGACAUUAUUACCAGCAGUGCUGGAUCCAAUUUGUUUCAAAUUUUGCAAAUAACAUACAUGUUCAACUGAAGACUCUACUAGUGAGUUGCCUCAGCUUUGUGUUCCUUGAGUUGUGUCUGUAACAACUUACAGAGUUGUGUCCCUUUUCAGAAAAGAUUUUUUUGCCAGUCAUAGGUUCUGAUCUUGUAUUGUCCUUACUAUGAACCUCAGUCAUUCAGCACUAUUCCUGAAUUUGUUGGUAACGGUCUAAAAAUUAUAUCCUGAGAUCAAUUUUGGUAUUUUCUUCCUAUUUCCUUUUAUUAAAAUACAGGAUGAAGGUAGGUAAGUCAUCUAAGAUUCUGUAAUUUGCUAUGCAGAGUUGCGUCCCUUGGGCAUGUAGAACUUCAUUCUCUUCCCACACAGGUUACUUGUCAUAUCGUCCUACAUACCUCUGUUCUAAUGCGGUCAUAUUUCCCGGUUCUCUAAAAAAUCCCCAAGCAGCAAAAACUCGCAACACGAAUUAUCUCCCUUCUUUCUAUCCAUUCAGAACACGUGUUACAUCGACUUAGAUCCAGCUUGACUAAUACAAGCAAAUGUGUGGCCACAAAUAUCCCUCCUCUGCCGGGGACUUGUGUUGAUGUGACACACAAGGCAUUUAAUGGCUAGCUUGUCCGUUGUCAACGAGGGCAAUGGAGUCACCAUUAAUCCGCUAUUACAUGACUGUGUUCUGUCUAGAAGAAACGUUGUGCAUCGCCCAGGGGAAGAGGUUCUAGUUUUCCCGAAGCGGGAAUACGAAUACGGAAAUUACCGAGACCUUGCGAAUGAUCACUUUAAAACUACUUCGCUGAUUGCACAACUAAAUCGGAUUGCAACCAAUCACGAAUCCCGAACACUGGCACCAUGAAAAGGCUGUAUUAGAACAGAGGGUCGUAGGAAGAUAUGACAAGUAACCUCUGUGGGAAGGGAGUGGUAGAACCUAUGAAACACAGUUUGCCCAUAUUAUGUUUCUAGGUUUGUCCCCACCAUACCAUUGCUCCUGGAUAAAACUGUUAAAAGUGAUAUUAAACCCAAAUCACUCAUUACUGAAAUACGGGCGAUGGGGUAGCCCAGUGGUUAAAGCGUUUGCUCAUCACACCGAAGUGUUAUUGCUGGAAUAUUGCUAAAAGCAGCCUAAAACUAUACUC